ACGCCCCCUGGUGUUCCCACGUGCCUGUCUCUGCCGCAGCAACGGUCACAUGACUCUUCAGUCAGACACUUCCUGUACCACGGCUGUUUUUUUCCUGCAGGAGAAAAUAACGGGAUCCGCUCUGCUUCCCAGAUCCUGACAGGGGAAAAAAAACACCGGGAAUACAACCAGCUACCCGUCCGUACACCUUGUUCACCUGUUGUCUACAGUGCGGGGAGAUGACCACCGGAGGGGCGGGUAGCUAGUUGACUGAGCUAACACCGCCCGCCCUUUACAUUCACACAAGAAACAAACGCAGCGUUUUAUCUGCUAGAAGAGACCCAGCUGCUGCUUUCCUCCCCAGCCCGCCAUCGAUAUGUCAAAAUACACCAGCUUUCCAGAGCCGAUGGACGACCACAACCCUUUCCAAGACCCUGCAGUGACUCAACACAGCAGCAACACAGGAUACGCCACACUGGAUCUUUACAACCCGUUUGAUAAUAAUACUACUGGGCCUCCACCUCCAUAUGAAGCCACCUCUCCCUCUGCUCCAUCUGUGCCUGCACAGACCCCUCCCAGCAGGACGACACCCACUGAGCCUCGCAACUAUGGCUCCUAUAACUCGCAGCCUGUGGUGAAUGCCACCACCGCGGAGCUCCUGAGGAAGCAGGAGGAGCUGGAGAAGAAAGCCCGAGAGCUGGAGAGGAGAGAGAGGGAGCUGGAGUCACACAGCCUGGGACCUGGAGCCUCCCGUCAGAAUAACUGGCCCCCGCUGCCUUCGUUCUGCCCCGUGGGUCCCUGCUUCUACCAGGACAUCAACGUGGAGAUCACGCAGCGCUUCCAGCGCACCGUCACCAUCAUGUACUACUUCUGGAUGUUCUGCGCCUGCACGCUGCUCUUCAACCUGAUCUCCUCCCUGGCCAUGUUCUGCGUGGACCCCUCAGGUGGUGUUGGUCUGGGCCUGGCCAUCCUCUGGGCGCUCCUCUUCACGCCCUGCUCCUUCGUCUGUUGGUACCGACCUGUGUACAAAGCCUUCAGGAGUGACAGCUCCUUCAAUUUCUUUGUCUUCUUCUUCGUUUUCUUUGCCCAAGUGGUCACUUCAGUCAUCAUGACCAUCGGUAUCCCUGGAUGGGGUUUCAGCGGCUGGAUCGUGAGCCUGGCUGCUCUGAAGACCAACGUCCCCGUCGGUGCGAUCAUGAUGAUGAAUGCCGUCUUCUUCACUGCCCAAGCCGCCAUGGGGGUUGUCAUGCUGAAGAAGGUCCACAGUCUGUACAGGCAGACCGAUGCCAGCUUUCAGAAGGCCCAGGCCGAGUUCGCCACCGGAGUCAUGGCCAAUCAGGCCGUACGCCAGGCCGCUACUAACGUCGCCACCAACGCUGCCCAGGGGGCCUUCACCGCACCUCGAUAGACAGAGACGACAGGGGUUGGGAGGGUAAGAAAUGAAGGAGGAGAAGGGCCCUUUCAGCUUGAUAGAGGAUCUGUUUGGUAUUUAUUUCCCCACAGGUGAUUAGAAUUUGAUUGGCGGGGAAACCGAGUCUGUAUUAUUACCCCGAGCAGCCGAACUGCAGGGCACAUGCAUGAGACAGAGGUGGGGUUGUGUAAUUUCUAAACGUGUACAGGACAAGUUAGCUAUAUUGCCAAACCGGGAGUCAACAAAUCAUAGGUGUUGGUUCAGGGAUGGUGUGAAAUGUGAAAACAGUAAAAUGCUGAAGCUUUAUGAAAUUUAGUGCAGUCGUAGAAAGUGAGGAAAACACUUUUUUUGUACAAAAAGAUGAGCUGUGUGCCAAGGAGGACAGUUGUAGCCUAGAUAGUUCCUGUUUUUAAAUGACUUGGAUGUACAUUGUGUUUACGAGGAGCCAUGUUUGAGUUGCAGCUGAACACUGAAAUGUUGCCAUUCUAACUUUUGAUCCAUAACCAAGUGGCUCGAUAUUUUAUUUGGCCAACGCUGAUGUUUUGUUGCUUACGUGUACACUAACAAGUUUUGUUGUUAUUCCAACUGAGAAUGCCUAUUUACCUUAUUGCCAAAAUCUGUCAUACUGUAAAAAUAAUGAACAUGUGUUGUUUCGGUUGCAAUAUAUCUGUCACUGUUUUGUUGGUACUGCUUGUGGUUGUUAUGAUUAUUAAUACAGGUCACUGUCUUGGUUUUAAUAAAAAUAUAUUGUCAUGCUUACACAGUA